UGGGCCAAGUUAAUUGCAAUGACUUUAUUAUUAGUCACGCCGGUAAUUGACGUUGAAAUUAUAAAUCACGUGAAUUGCAUGUGAUGGAAUCUUCCGGCAUGUAGCAUCAUCCACUCUACAUUGUACUGUUACAUCACGUAAGCGUAUAAUAGUCAAAUAUGACAGCAGGCGAGAAGACAACAAAGGGUGAUUGUUCCCUCGCGACUGGACCGAAUAACGAGGUCACAACUUCUAUUCGUAUUAUCAAGGUAGAAACGCUUAAUAUGAACGACCAAGAGCUUGGUUUUGAUGUCGAAUGUGGUAAACAAAAUAAUGUGAUGAAUCUUCGAGACAAACUGGUAAACGCCAUAGAAGACUCCCAUGCAGAGCUUUUACAACGCAGCAUAGAGGAAUUCGAAUUAAUGGUCAAGGAAGGGAAGUUGGUUGAUCUUCAGGACCAGCGACUUAUGCACUCGAAUGGGAUGUCACUUCUUCAAUACGCGAUUUUUAAAGGAAAUAAAAGUUUAGCGCUUAAAUUAUUGGAGCUUGGGGGAAGAAAUUUUGGGCCAUUGGAAACCAAAACAUUCAAAGGUGGGAGCUCUUUACAUCAUGCACUUGUACACGAUAUGCCUGAUAUGGUCAAAAUCAUAGCGGGAAAUCCUGAUGAAUUUAACAUGCUUUCGGCCAGUAAAGCGACGGGGAUAUUCUUUAAAGGCACCUUUGAUGGAUUUGAACUUCCUCUUUUUCUAGCCUGUUGGUCUCGCAACAUCGACAUGGUUCGCCUUUUGUUCGAGAUCAAUCCACGUGUUCUGUAUCAUACCGACUCAAAACGACAGAACAUGUUACAUUGCCUGGUGAACUUGUCGGAUGAUGCGACAGAAGAAGUAAAUGACUUCGUCCAUGGAGUGAUUAAAAUGAUUCUAUCCGCUGAUGGUGGAAGGGAGGCGCUUGAAUGCCUCUUGGAAAUGAGAGAUGGUCGCGAAGAGACUCCUAUGGCCAUGGCUUUCAGAAAAACAGAAUACCACUUCAUCCAUGUUAUUUUGAACCAGGUAUUGAAAAGGGAGACCUUUCGCUAUGGUUCAUCUACAUCAUUCGUUGAAUAUGACAUCAGCUGUAUAGAAAGUAUAAAAGCCGUAGAUGGAAAUAUUUCUUCAGGUGCGCCAGGGAUGUAUUAUAUCGGAACAAGUUCUGGUACUCUUCGAUUUCCUAAUAUCUUUUCUCAACAUCCCUUUAGAAAAUUGCUCUCGUUGCGUAACAGUGCAAACAUGAAGCCAUUUAUCGUAUCCAUGGUUUGGCAUAUGUUUCUGAUGAUCUGGUUAAAUGCUAACUCUGUUCAACGAGUCAUAAUUAGGGGAGAAAGGAAUAAUGGCACAAUGAUUUACAAUGGAACCGCAUCUGUAAUUGCAGGUUCAAGUUUAAGUGAAAAUGCCGCAAGAAAUUUUAUAUUUGUGAACGAUUGCUUUUUCCUAGCAUACGGCAUCGUAUCAUUUCUAAAAGAAAUCAUACACUUAUUAUACCAAAUAAUAAAAGCUAGACGCCUCCAUCUAUCGUGGCGUGAAAUAUUGGAGCGACAAUUCAACAUCGUCACUGGAACUGGAUCAUUCGCUUUGAUUUACAUCAUUUUCUCGGUCGCAUUGUUCUACACAUCAUUUCAGUAUUUGGCCGGAUUAGGGAACAGUCACAUGACUGGUUCCAUUGCAAUUCAGACAUGUUGUCUCUACUUUACAAUUUAUCUUCGCAAUUUCGAAUAUACUUCGUUUUACAUUCUUACCGUUAUGAAGAUGCUUUUUGGGGACGUCGUCAGAUUUCUUCUAACGGUCGUCGGAAUGUUUUUUGGAUUCACGGGGGCGUUCUAUUUGCUCUACGACGACGCAUAUCGUAUGUCUGACGUUGCAACAUAUGGAGAUACUGUUCUAACCACUUAUAAAGUAAUGGUUGGAAUGGCUGAUUUUAAUUCACUUAUUGCAUCCGGUACUAAUGCAUUAAGUAAUUUGUAUUUGAUCAUGAGCUAUAUAGCUUUUACUAUCAUUGUAACAAUAUUGAUGUUCAAUAUGCUGAUUGGUAUCAUGGCAAACACAAUUAAUGAAGUUGCGGAACAAAAAGACGCACUCUUUGAACUACAAAAACUGGCAUGCAGUAUGAACGUGGAAAGGCAAAUGUUCUGGACGAAAGGCUUUGUCAGAAAUGCCGUCGACAAAGGUCAUCUGAAUAUCAAGAAAGUACUGUAUGCGGGAGAGGAGCGGAAGAGACUUUUCAUCGAGUGUUUAGAAGUGAAUCACGGAAACAGUCAAACUGUUAAACGCUCAAGGAACAAUGAACGACGUAAUUCAAACAAUAAAACGUAUAUGGGGAACUACAACAUCCACGCAGUAUCUUAUGGGGAUACUGGGGAUAGAUAGUUCUUACCAUGCAUAUCCCUGAUCUCAAAUAUGAGCCUAUUUUGACUUCCUUUUAACAAGAGGAAGAAAACACUCGAGUUUACGAAAAUAGUGUGAACAUAGCUAGCUCAAAGAUGCAAGCAAUACCAAGAAAGCUCAUGGUUGCAAAUUCACUAAAGUAGCUGUCGCAUGAGUAAUAUGGGAUCACCGUUCGCCAAAGUGUGGAUACUUUUGGACAUUCAUCUUUUUCUUCAUGUGAGGGGAGAGUUAAUUUUGCUGUAAAACUAUCUGUUUGACGGUGGCGGACGGAAAGGCCAUACGGUAUAUUAGAAAGUGACAGCUCCAAAAGAAAGUGUUCGUAAAUUGUCUUUCUGUGAACCAAUUAUAUGUUGAAGACCCCCUUGUUGCUGGGGAAUAUCACCAUUGAGUUAUAUAUUUUUAAAAAGUAUAAAGCUUAAAGUUUGAGGGUACAAUGAGAAGAUAGACAUCGAGGUUUUAUACAUUGGAAUCGUCAAUGAUUUAAAUUAUACAUACUUUUUUCACACAACUUGGCAAUGUAUGGCCGAUUCCAGCCAAUCCGAACAUAGACUGCAGUGCAUUACAUCACCAAUCACCGCAUCCAAUGUCACUUCAUAUGUGGUUGCUAAGGUGACAACUUGACUCUACAAAUUGAAAUUGAU